AUGUUAAGAAGGAUUGUAUUCUUUUUCGCUAAAAAGAAAAAAACAAUCAUUGAAUUAUAAGAAUAACAUCCAGAUAAGGAAUAUUUUAAAAAAUAAUUAGAAAUAGCUUAAAAAAACGAAGAAAUUGAAAGUAUAAAGUUAAACUUAAAAGACAUAGUAAUACCCAUAGACUAAUUAGAAACAAGAUUUUCAAGAAGUUAAGGAGCAGGAGGUUAACAUUUAAACAAAACAAAUAGUAAAGCAGAAAUUAGAUUUAAUAUAGGAAACGCAAAAUGGUUUAUAAACGAAGAUAUAAAAAAUAAAUUCAGAAAAUAAUAUAAAUAAUAUAUAACUUAGGAUGAUUAAUUUGUAAUUACAAGUUAAAUAGGGAGAUCUUAAGAUUAAAAUUUAAAAGAUGCAGUAAAAAAAUUACAAGAUAUG